UGGAACAGAGGAUGUGCCAGCCUUCUGCUUCGUCUGUUUCCACAGGGAGGAGGAGGAGGAGCUGCUGGAAGAAGUCCCACUGCAGAGUAAACAGAUGGUGAGCUGAGUUAGCAGUGUAAGAAGUCCUGGCGGGCUAAUGCCCGUGAAAAAUGAAGGAGGAGGAAUCAGGAUUGGGCAGGAAGAGUCUUCAGACUGUGACGUAGAUCUGACACCUGUGAAAUGAAGGAGGCAAGGAAAUAAAUCUGGGAAGAGAGAGCCUGACUUUGGUGUAGAUCAAAGUCUUGACCAAUAAUACAGCGGGGGCUGCAGAGCAAAGACUGUCCAUUGGAGGAGCCCCACAUUGGGCAGAAAGGGCCAGGUCCUGGUGUCCCCGCUGCGCUCAGUCAUUGGCUGGGCUGCCCAAGAAGACCUUGGUCUUGACUCAAAGGCUGUGGUAGGUCUCAAAGGCACUGUAGUUGGAGGCUGUCAACCAACUGCACUCUUCACAGCUGAGUAACAAGUUCUUUCUUGAAGGGAGAACCCAGUAGGGCACCUGCAUGUCUGCCACUCAUGGAAAAUAGGAAAGAAAGAGUAAGAAGAGGACCAGUGCAAGAAUCUGACACCUUAACAAAGGAGUUCCAGAAAGAGAAGAGAGAAAACAGAGAAGAGGAAAUAAGUCGAUGAAAUAUUUCAAAUAUUUCUCAGAAUGGAAGGAUCUGAGUUUCCAGAUCAAAAGGGCUCACUGAGGAAUUCCCUGGUGGUGCAGUGGUUAAGAAUCCGCCUGCCAAUGCAGGGGAUACGGGUUCGAGCCCUGGUCUGGGAAGAUCCCACAUGUGGCGGAGCAAAAAACCCAUGUGUCGCAACUACUGAGCCUGUGCUCUAGAGCCUGCGAGCCACAACUACUGAAGCCCAUGCGCCUAGAGCCCGUGCUCCACAACAAGAGAUGCCACCGCAAUGAGAAGCCCGCGCACCACAACGAAGAGUAGCCCCGCUCGCUGAAACUAGAGAAAGCCUGCGCACAGCAACAAAGACCCAACGCAGCCAAAAAUAAAUAAAUAAACAAAUUUAUAAAAAAAGAAGAGGGCCCACUGAGUGUCCAAAAAAAGGAUAAAGUUCGACCCACACCACAGCCAGUCACUAUUAAAUUUCAGAACGCAGAGACAAGAAGAACAUUCUACCAUAUUCUACUAAGGAUCAAGAAUCAUAAUGGCAUCAGAUUUCUCAACAGCAAUCCUGGAAACCAGAAGACAAGGAAGCUAUUUUCAAAAGUAUAAAAGAAUUAUCUUCAGUCUAGAAUUUGAUACUUAGCCAAACCAUUAAUAAAGUACACAAAGAUCUUUUUAGAUUUACGAAGGCUCAAAAAUUUACCUCCCACGCACCCUUUCUUAAGAAAGCUACUGGAAGAUGUGUUCCUAAAACAAGGAAGUAAACCAAGAAAGAGUAAACCUGGGAUGCAGGAAACAAGGGAGCCAACACAAGAGAGAGUUGAAGGGCAUCUCCCAGAUGUUGGUGAAGGGAGAUCCCAGGGCAGCUUCUCUGAGGAGCAGGCCUGGAGGGCAGGCAGUUCACAUUGGAAAAGUCAGAAAGUUCUAGAAAAGGUUUCUUCAAAGAGAUGAAACUGAUAGGAUGCCCAAUAUACUUAAACUUUUGAAAGAUUUACACAACAAAGAGAGAGUGUGGGUUGAAUUAGACAUAAACACAUAGAAAAACAGGCCCUACCCCUCCAAAAAAAGAGUUAUUAAAUCCAAGAAAAACAACUUUUGUGCAGAAAAGGGAAAUUAAAAAUUUUAAACUUCUGCUCUAACACACUGUUAAGAGAAUGAGAAGAAAAGCCAUAGAACGGGAGAAAAACAUUUGCAAAAGACAUCUGAUCUGAUAUAGAAAUGUUUAACUGAUAAAAGACUGUUAUCCAAAGUAUACAAAGAACUGGUGAAACUCAACAAUAAGAAAUUGAACAACCCAAUUAAAGAAUGGGCAAGAGAUCUGAACAGCCACUUCACCAAAGAUGAUAUGCAGAUGGCAAGUAAGCAUAUAAAAGAUGCUCAACAUCAUAUGUCAUCAGGAAAUAGAAAAUUAAAACAACAGUGAGAUACCAGUACACACUUAUUAGAAUGACCCACAUCUAAAACACUGACAACACCAAAUGCUGGUGAGGAUCUGGAGCAACAGGAACUCUCAUUCAUCGCUGUGGGAAUGCAAAAUGGUACAGCCACUUUGGAAGAUGGUCUGGCAGUUUCUUACAAAGCUAAACAUACUCUUAACAUAUGAUCCAACAAUAGCAUUCCUUGGUAUUCACCCAAAUGAGUUAAAAACUUAUGUCUGCGCAAAACCCUGCACAUGAAUGUUUAUAGCAGCUUUUUUCAUAAUUGCCGAAAACUUGGAAGCAUCUAAAAUGUCCUUCAAUAGGCGAAUGGGUAAACAAACUGUGAUAUACCCAUACAAUGGAAUAUUAUUCUGCGAUAAAAUGAGCUAUCAAGUCACAAAAAGACAUAGAGCAAUCUUAAAUGCAUAUGGCAAGGUGAAAGAAGCCAGUCUGAAAAGGCUAUGUGCUGUAUGCCUCCAACUACAGGACAUUCUGAAAAAGCCAAUACUAGAGACAGUAAAAAGAUGAGUGGUUGCCAGGGGCUGGUGGGGAGGGAAGGAGGGAUGAGUAGGGGGAGCCCAGGGGAUUUUUAGGGCAGUGAAACUAUUCUGUAUGAUCCUGUAAUGGUGGGUCCAUGACCCUAGGCAUCCGUCAAAACCCAUAGACUGUGCAACACAGAGCGAGCCCUCAUGUAAACUAUGGACUUUAGUUAAUAUUAGUGUAUCAGUAUUGGUUCAUCAAUUGUAACAAGCUUACCACACUAAUGCAAGAUGCUGAUAAUAGGAAAAAAUGGGGAGGGGGUAUACAUGGGAACUCUCUGUACUUUCUGCUCUGCUGUUCUAUAAACCUAAAACUAAAAAAGAAAGUCUAUCAUAAAAAAGGAAGAAAAGGGGAAGAAAUCGUAGUAUUCCACAGAAAGCUGUAAAUAAUGUUUCCACAAUAUGUAAACACCACCAAUCUUUUGCUGCUGUUUUUUCUUUUGGCCACGCGGCAUGCGGAAUCUUAGUUCCCCGACCAGGGAUUGAACCCUUGCCCCCUGCAGUGGAAGCGUGGAGCCCUAACCACUGGACUGCCAGGGAAGUCCCCAACACUACCAAUCUUAUCAAUAUUAUGAUGCAACUGUACCGCGAGGGUGGAAGACAGGAAGUGGAGGCAAUGGACAUCAGGGAGCUACAUCCUUAUCUUCCAACAUGGGAAGUUGAGAGGAAAAGUCUAAAAUUGGAAAAGCGUAACCUAAAACAUGCUAUGUAGGAAACACAGGGGUGAAAAUUACUAAUAAUCAACUAAGAGAGUGGAAACGGUUGUCCUUAAGAAGUGGGAAAUGGGAGCAGGAAAUGCCCGUGUUUCUUGAUAGAAAUAGAUGGAGGGCUUCCCUGGUGGCGCAGUGGUUAAGAAUCUGCCUGCCAGUCUUUGGCUUGGAGCGGACGGCGGACAUCAUGGAUCAGGUAAUGCAGUUCGUUGAGCCAAGUCGGCAGUUUGUGAAGGACUCGAUUCGGCUGGUUAAAAGAUGCACCAAACCUGAUAGAAAAGAAUUCCAGAAGAUUGCCAUGGCAACAGCAAUAGGAUUUGCUAUAAUGGGAUUCAUUGGCUUUUUUGUGAAAUUGAUCCAUAUUCCUAUUAAUAGCAUCAUUGUUGGUGGCUGAGUA